AUGCCAAAGUCCUUUCUCUUCUUGCUGCUGUAUUUCGUGCGUGGCGAAGCUUUUCUCUGGCACGAAGUCAACGAUAUUCAUCGUAAUUUCCAGCAAGAGCUCAUCGAUUACCAUUCCUACAACAAAUACUUGCCCAAAAGUUAUGACAGUGGAUUUUCGCAAUAUGUCUAUGUCGCUCCCGGGCUCCAGGAAGGCCUCAAUCGAACACGUCGCGAAGUCGACACCACAUUUUAUGGCCAUCCAAAGACUCGUGAGCAGAUUUGGCAUCAAAACUUCAAAAUGAACGAUCUGGAAUUCGAUCAGUCCUCGUCCUUGAUUAGUUUGUUGAUGAAAAUUCUGGAUAAAUAUAUGAUGCGAUGCAUUCCGGUUGUCAUUUACGAUCCAUUUGUUGAGAAAUCUGAAGGACUUUUGUUGCAACGACUCUUCAGUAGGCUUCCCAUGUCUUAUGUGCACGGAAAAUUGGACGAAAAUUACAAACUUUUGGAUAAAAAUGUGUUGAAACCGCUGGAUACGCGUUGUCGCAGCUACAUUUUAUUCAUGGCGGAUGCAAUGCAGGCACGAAAAGUCAUCGGACCACAAAUCGAUAACAAAGUUAUCGUUAUUCCACGUUCGACGCAGUGGAAGUUGCAAGAGUUUUUGUCGUCGCCCGAGUCUCGAGACAUCAUAAAUUUGUUGAUUAUUGGUGAAAGUUAUUCGUUGGAUAAGUCGGCGGAGAGACCUUUUGUGCUUUAUACGCACAAUUUGUACACUGAUGGUCUCGGUUCGAGUCGUCCUAAAGUGUUGACAAGUUGGAUGAAGGGAAAAUUAUCAAGACCUCAUGUGAAUUUGUUUCCCAAAAAGUUGACAAAGGGUUUUGCUGGACAUCGAUUUACCAUUGUAGCAGCUCCGCAACCUCCAUAUGUGUUUAAAAUCUUACAAACGGAUGGUGUCGGAAACAUCCAAAUCCAAUGGGAUGGCUUGGAAAUCCGUUUAAUCAAAGCCAUGAGUCAAAUGAUGAACUUUUCGUUCGAGCUCAUUGAACCGCGAAACCCUAAAUUAGGACCUGGUGACUCGAUUACGUACGAUAUUGGCGAUAGACGAGCGGAUAUUGGACUUGCUGGAAUGUAUGUCACCAGCGAACGGAAUAUCGUUCAAGAAAUGACUGCUGCUCAUUCUCUUGACUGCGCUGCUUUCCUCACUUUAAGCUCCAGAGCGUUGCCUCGUUCUCGUGCCAUUCUCGGUCCUUUCCGUUGGGAAGUCUGGGUUUGUUUGAUUUUCAUUUAUUUGAUUGCUAUUUUCCCGCUCGCUUUUUCGGAUCGUCUUUCUCUGAAGCAUCUUUGGGGCAAUGCUGGCGAAAUUGAAAACAUGUUUUGGUACGUUUUUGGCACUUUUACCAACAGUUUGACGUUUUCCGGGGAGUUUAGUUGGUCUAAUACGAAGAAAACGUCGACCAGAAUGCUGAUUGGAUGGUAUUGGGUCUUUACGAUUAUCAUCACGGCUUGUUACACGGGAUCAAUUAUUGCUUUUGUGACGUUGCCUGUGACGCCAGAAACGAUUGACACACUCGAUCAGUUGAGAGAUGGAUUUUUCCGGAUUGGAACUUAUGAUCGCGGUGGCUGGGAACGAUGGUUUACGAAUUCGACACAUGAAAAAACCAAGAAAUUGUUGAAAAAAUUGGAAUUUGUGGCGAGUGCUGAGGAAGGUGUUAAUAAUGUGACACAAGCUUGGUUCUGGCCUUAUGCUUUUAUCGCUUCGAAGCGGGAACUGAGUUACAUUAUUGACACCAAUUAUACUGACAAUAAAAUUGGUCGUCGUUCAGCUUUGCAUGUCAGUGAAGGUUGCUUCGCUUUAUACAGUGUCGGCAUGGCUCUCCCAUCUGAUUCUGUUUAUCGCACAAAAUUCAACGACGCCAUUUUACGGAUGCAAGAAAAUGGCGUCUCUCAAAAGAUGAUGCGAGAUGUCAUCUAUGACGCGAAGAAAGUCGCCUCUAAAGGUCGCGUUGAAGCCAUUUUCGAAGAACGAAAGGCAAAGAAACAAGCUACGCCCGAAGAUCGUUCCUUGACUCUCGUCGAUACGGAAGGUAUGUUCAUGUUCCUCGGCAUCGGUUAUCUCAUCGGAGUUGGCGCUCUCAUAUCCGAAUGGGUUGGCGGUUGUUCGAAUCGCGUCAUAAAUAUCGUCAAAAUCCGCAAACAGGAGAAAAAGGACCGUAUUGAGCGUGAAGAAAGAGAAGCUCAUCCCUCACGGAGACCAUCUUUCAUCCGAAAUUUGGGCAAAAGAAUUAGUUUAUCGGCAAAAUCCAUGCGAUCAAAUGCUUCAAGGGGAAGUCGCGAGUCACUUGAACCUCGAGGAAAUGGCUGCAGUUCACGAAACUCCGAGGCAUCGAUGACUGGCUUAAGUAAAGCAACUCUCAAAGAACUCUAUGACGGCCCACGGAAACAAAAACCAUCAAUUGUCUUUUUGAACGGGCAAAUGGUGCCCGAGGACAAAGUUUAUGACGUUCGUGAAGAAAUUCAUUUGAAAGAAGAAGCAUCCUUUGAUAAGGCAUCAACUGGUAGCUCAAAUUUGGAUGGCGAGGAACAUUCACCGGACUCUAAUAUCGAAACUGUUGUAGAGAUAAAUCGACCGCAAUCGUCAUCGGGAGAACAAAGAACUGGAACAUCGUCUCGAAGAUCAUCUCAAUUGGCAACAAUCGAUGAAGGCAUCUUCGGUGACAAGGUUUUGCCGUAG